AUGGAACCAAUGCAUGGAUUAGUUAAGAAAGCUGUUAAUAAUAUAGAUCUUAUUGAAACUAGGACCAAUGUACAUAAUAAUAUUGUAAAUAGUAUAGAAAAUUUGAAAUAUGAGACAGGUGGCUACGGCACAAGAUCAAAUUCUAUCGAUGAGGUUGUCAAAUUUGAUGAUGUUUAUACAGAACACGACGAGAUUUUCAAUACAAACGCACAUGGUAAUUACGUAGAUAAAUUAAGAAAGAAGAAUACAAUAAAGGAUUUUACAAUAGAUUUUUUACCAAGAAAACGUGUCAAAAGAGACGAUGAUCAAGAUAUGAAAUGCGAAAGUUUUAAUUUUGAUAAAAACAAAAAGUAUAUAACACAUCCACAUGAUGGGGAAAAUAAGAAAAAAUAUUAUUAUAGCCACAUGGAUUGUGUGACGGUUAUAAGUGGAGCUGAAGGUGAAGUGGUUCAGUUGACGUUUGUGGACAUGUUCCACAUAGAGUAUCACCCAGAAUGUAGCUAUGACUAUUUAGAGAUACGCGAUGGUAAAAGAGGUUAUGCAAAACUUCUUGGUAAAGUUUGUGGGGAAGCCUUCCCUCGUACAUAUACCACAACUGGACCUCAUGCUUGGCUGAAGUUUCACUCUGAUGAUACCAUUGAAUAUGAGGGGUUCCGCAUUGAUAUUAAAUUCAUACGUACUCCAACUAGUUAUAGUAUACCAGAUUCUUGUUACAAGGAAUUACCGAAAGGUAGUAGGCAUGCAAUUAUAGUAUCGGAUCAAAUUGACAAGGACUGCAAAGCUAGAACUGUUGACCAGGAUCUAGAUUUUCUGUGGAAUUUCACAGCACCUCUUGGACAUAAGAUUUAUCUCAAUUUCACACAGUACACGUUGGCAAAACCAAAUGAGUGUGAGCACAAUUUUGUAGAAAUCUUUGGACAUGUAUUAGAAUCAGACGCCAGACUUGUAUUGUACUGCGGUUCUGUUGCAAACCCUGUAACCACGAAAGGUAUUGAUGGCAUAAAAGAUGGCGAUGACAAAGGAAAUAUCAUGUUUGUAAGAUUGUACACAUCAAAAGUAGGAAAAGGAUCUUUUUUUAAUGCCAGCUUCAUAGCAUACAGAACUUUGGAUACUACCAAGGAAGGAGAUAAAUGUGACGAUGAGACUGAAUUCGACUGUGAAGAUAAUACAUGUAUCGAUAAAAGUUUAAAAUGUGACAAUACUGCCCAAUGCAGAUUAAAAGCUGACGAAGAAAAAGAUAGAUGCUCAAGUCCAGCCGAUUCUAUGAUUGAUCAAACUCAUAUCAAAGUGAUUCUCAUCAUUUUCUGUCUCAUUCUGUCGGGAAUGACUUUUGUAUUUUUCUUUAAAUGCAUCAAGAAGUUGUAUGAAGACCAUAAGAUAAUUAAAGAACAUAUACGCCAAUCUUGCGAGGACCGUUUGGAUAUGGUUAGCAGUCGUCUAACCCUGGAUGCCAAGAGGCUUCAGCGCGACAGCGAGCCACGUGCCAGUCUGGAAAGGGAUAACCAAACAAACGAGAUGUUCAAACAGCAAAGGAAGUUUUCGCAACAAAAAAUCCGGCCUACCAGCAUAGAUUCUGACUACAUUCAAGAAACGCAAUUGGACCUUGAUGAGGAAGAACCCUGGAGACGAGAAGUAGACAGCAUUCCUAUUGAGCAGGAAAACGUUAGGAUCGAACGGAAUGGAAGAAGCAGACGCAGUGAAAGCAAGAAAGAAGAAUCUAUCAAAAGUAAAAAAGAAAGCGUUGAGAAGAAACAAAUACGAGAUGUUUCGGUCGGCGCUCCGGACACGAAAGAAUCUGGGUGUCAAACAAGAGAGAGCCUUUUUCAAACAGAUCCAGCAAUUAGUUCUGAUGGUUCCGGUACAACGAACAGCCGUGGGUUUUCAACAUUUGGCUAUUCAGGUGCCACGAUAGCCAGGCCUUCACCACCACAAACCAACACCUCGCAAAUCACUAUUGAACUACUGCGACAUGCAACAGAAAAAGAAGAGAAAUCACAAAAAAAAUAUCCUGACCGGCGACCGAUGAGCACAGAGACGACCCGAUCCGCCCCUGACGUAAUCAUCGUCUCCAAACCGAUUCGCUGA